AGUGCUCUGCAUACUGGGAGGCUGACUGCUUAUAGCUGCUUGCUGAAACAGUGAGUUCCUGUCUGAGUUUUGAGAUUGUAGGAAGAAAAAUUUUGCCAAGAGCCUUGCUGGUUUUAAUCUUUAGAUGUUGGCUGUCAGGGUUUGUCUGUGCCUACAGAACCUCUCUGUUCUGAUGCAAGCACAGCCUUGGAAUCUAGCAGUAAACUGAUUUUUUUUCUGCUCUACCGUUUGGUGCAGUGACCGAAACCUGGUAGAGAGGGAUUGCAGUUGGGUCUCUUGUGAGGAUUAAACACCCCUUCCACUUGCCUGGACGCCUCCCGUGUUACAGAAUCCACCUUCAGGUCCAGGGAUUUCCUCUAAUAUGUUGGAUAAAGCCAAGACACUGCAGCCUGCCUAUGUCGGGAUUGUGCCGCUUGCAGAGACUCUGUCAAAGCAAGGGAAGAGCUGUUCAAGCACAUAUCAGGAUUCAUACCACAGCUUGCGAGAAGUACUGCAGUUGAAGCUCCAGCAGCGACGCACACGGGAGGAGCUGGUGAGCCAAGGGAUCAUGCCGCCUCUGAAAAGUCCAGCUGCAUUUCAUGAACAAAGAAAGAGUUUGGAGCGGGCCAGGACAGAGGACUACCUGAAACGCAAAAUCCGGUCCCGGCCAGAGAGAUCAGAACUGGUUAGGAUGCACAUUCUGGAAGAGACCUCAGCUGAACCCUCCUUGCAGGCAAAGCAGCUGAAGCUGAAGAGAGCCAGACUGGCAGAUGACCUCAAUGAGAAGAUAGCACAGAGGCCAGGGCCCAUGGAGCUGGUGGAGAAGAACAUCUUGCCUGUGGAAUUGAGCCUGAAGGAAGCUAUUAUUGUUGGACAGGUGAACUACCCAAAGGUUGCAGACAAUUCCUCCUUUGAUGAGGACAGCAGUGAUGCCCUCUCCCCAGAACAGCCAGCCAGCCAUGAGUCCCAGGGGUCUGUCCCAUCGCCGAUGGACUCGCGGAUUUGUGAGCCUCUCCCUAACACCACUGGUACAUCACUAGCUCAGGGUUCAUCCCAGUUGCAGAUUAGCACAGACUCCAGUGAAACUCUUUUUGUACCUGAGCAGCCACCUCCACCACUGCCACCUCCACCUCUUCUUCCCUCUAGUCUUACCAAUGGAGUGGCUCUUACUGCUGCCAAGCUCCCACCAACACUCAUUAAGCAAAGCCAGCCCAAGUCUGCUAGUGAGAAGUCUCAACGCAGUAAAAAAGCCAAGGAGUUGAAGCCGAAAGUCAAGAAGCUUAAAUAUCAUCAGUAUAUUCCCCCAGACCAAAAGCAGGACAAGGGAGCUCCUCCCAUGGAUUCAUCUUAUGCCAAAAUACUGCAACAACAGCAGCUCUUUCUCCAGCUUCAGAUCCUCAACCAGCAGCAGCAGCACUACAACUACCAGACUAUCCUGCCAGCCCCACCUAAGCCUCCAGGAGAGCAGCAAAGCGGUGCCAGCGCCCCUGCCGUACGCAAUCUCUCUGCCACAGUCAGCGGCACGUCUUCAGUAUCUUCUGGUUCCAGCGGGCUAAUGAGACAAAACAGUAACGCUGUGGUGGGCAAGCCUGGCCCUCUCCCUGCCAACCUGGAUGAGAUGAAGGUAGCAGAGCUGAAGCAAGAGCUGAAGUUGAGGGCCUUGCCUGUCUCAGGCACAAAGACGGAUCUGAUUGAGCGUCUCCGAGCUUACCAAGAGCAGAACAGUGCAACCAGCCAAACAGCCCCCACUCCCAAGCCCAGCACAGCAACCGUCCUCCCUAAAGCUGCCGAAGUGGUGGUGGCCUUCCCAACUGCCAGGCUGAGCACAGGGCCAGCCCUGGUCACCACUGGCAUUGCACCAGCAGAAGUAGUUGUGGCCACAGUUACUGGUGGCGGCGUGAUGAAGUUUGGGAGCACAGGCUCAACUCCUCCUCUUUCUCCAACUCCUUCUGAGCGCUCGCAAAUGAGUACAGGGGAUGAAAACUCGGGCACUGGAGAUACCUUUGGAGAGAUGGUGACUUCACCUCUGACGCAGCUCACCUUGCAGACAUCCCCAGUGCAGUUCUUGGUGAAGGAAGAAAGCUCCAAGUGCGCCUCCUGCAGCAUAAAUGCGGCACCCAGGUCAGAGCAGUGUAGUGCUGGUAACAGCAGAGAUGCAGAAGUUAGGGACAAAGACAGGAUGCUGCAGGAGAAGGACAAGCAGAUUGAGGAACUCACCCGCAUGCUGAAACAGAAACAGCAGCUGGUGGAGAUGCUUAGGCUACAGCUGGAGCAGGAGAAGCGCUCCCAGCAGUCACAGCCAGCCCCAACAGCCACGGGAGAAAGAACAGCCCUCGCCUCCAAACCAGGAGCAUUUGGCACCCAGGUCAAGAGUGAAAAUGGUUUCCUGAGUUGCCAGUUCGCAAAGCAAUCCAGUGGCCAAACAGACCAGUUCAGCCCUGCACCAACCGCUAGCCAAGUGGACACUUUGAAUCCAAGCCCAGUGCCAAAGAAAGCCACGAUGGUGAAGCAGGAGGUGCCAGCCACGGAAGCAGAGCCACCAUGCCAGUCCCACAGCCCGCAGGUUUUCCUUGGCCAGCAAGGGAGCGUCCUGAGCGACCUCAUCAAGGGCACCCCUCCCCCCACCCUCAUCAGUGACUCCACAGGGACCCACAUCGUCCUCACCGUGACCAAGCAGAGCACCGAGAGGCAGGGCCUCUCUCCCCACGGCAUGGCAGGGAGCAGCUGCCCACCCUUGCAGAGCGUACAAUCAUCACCCGCUAAAACUUCCAGCCAAUUGCCGUGUCAGGUACCUGCAGAUACCCCUCAGCAGCCCACGCAGCAGCAGCCCAGAGAACCAAACCAAUCUAAGUCCUCAUCGAAGCCUUGCUCUCCUGCUGCCCCUUCCCCCUCCCAGAUGGACCUAGAGCAGCAGCAGCACACGCCGCUUUUUGGAACCCCUUCACCUCCCCUUCCGGCUCCCUCAGUGCAAAUGAAAGAGCCACCACCAGGCUAUGAAGAGGCCGUGAAGCAACAGCCAAAGGCCCAGGAGAACGGCUGUUCCAGCCAGCAGAUGGAUGACCUGUUUGAUAUCCUCAUUGAAAGUGGAGAGAUUUCUGCUGACUUCAAGGAUCAGUCGUCCCCAGCUGGGAAAGAACCCCCUGUGGUCCCGGCCUGUUCUCCACCACCCAGCGGCCAGCACUCCUCCGAGCUGGCGGUGCUGGUGUCCUUGGGACAGCCGGUGCCCGUGGGCCGGCUGGAGGACUUCCUGGAGAGCAGCACUGGCCUCCCGCUGCUGACAGCAGGCCACGAUGGGCCGGAGCCCCUGUCCCUCAUUGAUGACCUCCACAGUGAGAUGCUGAGCAGCUCGGCCAUCCUGGACCACCCGCCUUCACCUAUGGACACCUCGGAAUUGCACUUUGCUCAUGAGCCGUCUGGGGGCGUAGCCCUGGAUCUGGCUGAGGCUAACUUGGACAGCAUGGACUGGCUGGAGCUGCCAGGGGGUUCUGUCAUGAGCCUGGCUCCCCUGAGCACCGUGGCUCCCAGCCUCUUUUCCACAGACUUUCUUGAUGGACAUGAUCUGCAGCUGCACUGGGAUUCUUGCUUGUAAUUCUGUGAGCAGAGACUGAAGGGAAUGGAAGUAGGAGGGCACAGGCAUGGAGAGGGAAGAGGCCAGUCAACCAAAAAAAAAAGAAAAAAGGAAGAGCUCCUAGUAUUUGUACUCCUCCCCUAACAGUAUUCUUCCUGCAUGAAGCCAGCAGUGGGCCAGGCCAGGGCAGAGAGAAUGGCUGCUGCGGGGGAAACAAGAGGCAGGAGGAGCUGUGAGGCUGGUGGCCUCCUGCCCGCUCCACACAGCCUGGCCCAGCCAGGGUGAGAGCAGAGCCAGCAGCCUCGGUUCCUCCAGGCAGGAGCAAGGGCAGCACAUUGUUCCCUCGUGGAAUAGAGCAUGACUGGGCCUGAGCUGUUUCCAGAAGCAGCACUGCGCCUUCCUGGGAUUGGCAGAUAAAGGGGGUUGUGCUGCCCCAGCACGGUUGGUCUUAACAGCUGUGGAAGGAGGGUCUACCUCUGGAGCAGGAUACAAAGGCAGGAGCGCUGCCCACUGCACCACCUGCCAUCUGUCAUGGGAGGGUCUGAUCUGCCACAGGGCACCUUCUCUAAAUGUAGCCAGAAGGAACCAGGCCUCGCCACCAACCAAAUCAAUGUUUGGUCUCCCAAACAUUACUGAGCUUGGCAGAGGCCUGCUGGCCUGCCUGCUUGCUUCACUCACUUUGGGCUGCAAAACAGUUUUCUAAGGUGCUAAAAUCAGGUCCUUGCAUGUUAAAAGUGCUGUCAGGCACAGCCCAUUGCCCCCAGCUCCCACGGCACUCAUUACAUCCCCAGGUGAGCAGGGCAGUCAACCUGGGCAGGGAUAUGAAAGUGCCUGUGUGUCCUGGGGAGUGGGCGAGGGGCACAGCUGGCAUCAGUAACAUAUCACUGGGGGCCAUGUGCAAUCUGUCUCCUGCCUUCGCUGUGUUGGUGCCUCACUGUAGCACACGCCUCAGUGGAAAGCAGCAGCUGGGGACGGAUGUUGGACCCUGUAGAUGAGGAAGAGGGACUGCAAGAGUGGUGUUGUGUGGCACAGCACAGGUCCUGGCUCAGUGACUGUGAGGGCUUCUUUCUGGGGAGGAGCCUGCAAGUAAGUAUUGGGCAGCUGACAUCUGCUCUUGCCUCCCUCCAGUCCCACAGAGUAAAAGGCAAAAGGCAAUGGCUGCUUACUUUGAGCUGGUGCCCUGUGUCCUUGUAGGGUCCCAGGCUGGUGCCUUGGGGGAACUGCAGACUGAGGAGCGGGUGGACAAUCCCCCAGGACCUCAGAGCCAUGACGAUGCUAUUCCUUGGACAAGGCUCUGCGGUGGAACACCAUACCUGUGGCUCACUCUUGUGCUGUUACUCCUGUUACUUUAGAAUUCCUGUGUCAGUAGUAACACAGCCGUGCUGAGCAGGUGGGACAUGGCUUACGUGGGUGUGGCUGCCUCUCCACAAGGCUGUCCCUGCUUUGGCCCUGAGCUGGAUCCACGCUGCUUGUGCUGACUGAGGGGGGAGAAGCUGUGACUUCUGAAGUCAUGUAGGUCUUGACCUGCUCAGGCACAGAAAGGAUCAACUGCCAUCCUUCUCAAUAUCUCCUUGAGGAUGCUGUCCCCACCUUUCCCCUAUGCUGGGCCCCAGAGCUUCCUGCUGGGGAGGGGUAGCUGUGUGCCACAUGCUGCUUUCCUGCAACUUUAGUACCUGGUCCUUGUCCCAGGGAGAAGCUGUGGUGAAGCAGGUGAAUGCCAACCCUGCACAAUGUGCUCUCUCCCAGCUACUGAACUGGCAGCUGGAUGGUAUCAUGCCUGUUUGCAGCUGAGAGAUACUCCUGCUUUCUUGAGCCCUUUGCAUGGGGAGCCACUUUCUUAAUCAUUUACAGGAGGAGCCUGCUGGCAGCUUCCUUUCUGUCCCCUCCUCUCUCCUCUGGCCCUGAGCUAUAAGCAAGUUAUCUCUUAUCUGCCUCUCUCAGUGUCCAGGUUAGGGAGGACACCACACCCCUCACCCUUUCCCCACAGGUUUUCUAUUCCUCAAGCUGUAGUCUGACAUCGUAAAAAUCAGAAUAGAAGAGACUGGUGGGCAUCCCUUUUACCCUUCUGAUCCCUCCCUGAAUUCUUUCCUGGUGCAGCGCAGGUGCUCACUGGGAGCAGUGAGUCCUUAGCAAUCACCUUACAGAGCUUUCACCAGCCCUGCCAGGGCAGCUGCCUAGCUGUGGGGGCAGGAGGCAAGUAGUUUCUAAGGUGGAGAGUAUGGGGGGAGUGGGAAGAUCUCCAAAAUGCUAAGGGGAAAAUGUGAGGCUGCCUGUUUGUCAGACUCAAGCAAAAUCAGGUUCUUUUAGCCCAUAGUUGCAGUAGCCCUCACAAAAAAACCCAGCUGUGUGAUUUCUUUUGUACAAACAAUUACAAAUCUUCAGCCAUUAAAUAAAGAAGGAAAUUAUUAGAAAGUGCAAUAAACUCCUAGAAGAAGGUGGGAGCACUCCAGCUGCAGUCCUGGCCUGACCCAGCCCUGCUUCCUUGCCCUGGGCCAGGUACUCCAGUCAUUGGCAGAGAGAUGCCAAUACCCGAUACCGGUGUAGCCCUUCCCAGAGGUUGCUGGUGGAAGGCUGAGCUCACAGCUGCUCCUUUUCACCUUCACCCAUCCACUGCCAGGUAUGAAACUGUAGGAAUCUAGCGACCCUGACUUUGCCUAACAUACUUGCAUUGGCAGAAGAGCUUCAAGGAGCCCAGAGGAUACACAACCAAAAGCCUCAUGUUGUGAGGAGCCUGGCUGACCUGUGGGAGCCCCUCCACACAAGGGGCUUCUGCCAGGAGAGUAAGCGAUAACCCUGUGCCUGUGGGCAGAGGGAAAGAUGGUGUCUCAGCCCCAGAAAUGUUAGAAAGUCUCUUCCCCAAUCAGUGCCCAGAGCGGGCUUGCCCAGUUCUCUGCUUUCUUACUAUUAUUUCUUUGAAUAAUAGUUCAAUAGUUCUUUGUUGGAAGAGGUAUUCUCCCGGACAUACAUUUUUGCACCCAUUGGGAAAAAUGAAGUCUGAUGUUCUGCCUCUACCUUGAAUGUAAUCCUGAAUCUUUCUGCUGUAACCACUACUUGUUUGUAAUGUGUAUUUGACUAGCACGCACUCUCCCUUCCACCAUGCAGCCAAUGACGAGGGGUGAUCAGCACCAUCAGUCGGAUGGUGUUGGGGCAUCAGAUCCAGAGCGAGUAUUCAACUGGAAAAGGAUAAAAGUGACAAGUUAAUGGGGGAGAGAAUGGAUCUUUAAAUUGAAUUAUUUUUUCAGUUACAAAUAUUUGAAAAAAAAAUCCAUUUUAUUAAAAAAAUUC